CGCUGAGCAGCGCUCACUUGGAGCGCGGCAAGCGAGCUAGACAAGCCUGAUUCCAUGUCCCCCGCUGCCACCCUGCCAGGAGCGCGAAGAUGAUGGCCAUGAACUCCAAGCAGCCUUUCGGCAUGCACCCGGUGCUGCAAGAACCCAAAUUCUCCAGCCUGCACUCCGGCUCCGAGGCCAUGCGCCGAGUCUGUCUCCCAGCCCCGCAGCUGCAGGGUAAUAUAUUUGGAAGCUUUGAUGAGAGCCUGCUGGCACGCGCCGAAGCUCUGGCGGCGGUGGAUAUCGUCUCCCACGGCAAGAACCAUCCGUUCAAGCCCGACGCCACCUACCAUACCAUGAGCAGCGUGCCCUGCACGUCCACUUCGUCCACCGUGCCCAUCUCCCACCCAGCCGCGCUCACCUCUCACCCGCACCACGCAGUGCACCAGGGCCUCGAAGGCGACCUGCUGGAGCACAUCUCGCCCACGCUGAGUGUGAGCGGCCUGGGCGCUCCGGAACACUCGGUGAUGCCCGCACAGAUCCAUCCACACCACCUGGGCGCCAUGGGCCACCUGCACCAGGCCAUGGGCAUGAGUCACCCGCACACCGUGGCGCCUCACAGCGCCAUGCCCGCAUGCCUCAGUGACGUGGAGUCAGACCCGCGCGAGCUGGAAGCCUUCGCCGAGCGCUUCAAGCAGCGUCGCAUCAAGCUGGGGGUGACCCAGGCGGACGUGGGCGCGGCUCUGGCUAAUCUCAAGAUCCCCGGCGUGGGCUCGCUGAGCCAAAGCACCAUCUGCAGGUUCGAGUCUCUCACUCUCUCGCACAACAACAUGAUCGCGCUCAAGCCGGUGCUCCAGGCCUGGCUGGAGGAGGCCGAGGCCGCCUACCGAGAGAAGAACAGCAAGCCAGAGCUCUUCAACGGCAGCGAACGGAAGCGCAAACGCACGUCCAUCGCGGCGCCGGAGAAGCGUUCACUCGAGGCCUAUUUCGCUAUCCAGCCACGUCCUUCAUCUGAGAAGAUUGCGGCCAUCGCUGAGAAACUGGACCUUAAAAAGAACGUGGUGAGAGUCUGGUUCUGCAACCAGAGACAGAAACAGAAACGAAUGAAGUAUUCGGCUGUCCACUGACUGCGGCAGGGCGCAGCGUCAGGAGCUGGGAGAGCCUAGUGCUCAUCCCUCCGGGGUUGGGGGGAUGGUUAUUGGG